UACGGGGGAGGUGUAGUAUUCACAACUCCGGAAGGGUUCAAGGUAUAUCAUGCCUUGAUCUUCAAUUUCAAGCUCACAAACAACGAGGCUGAGUAUGAGGCAUUGAUAGGGGGUCUGAGAUUGGCCAAAACCCUACAAAUCACCUGCCUCAGGAUCAAAUCCGACUCAAGCUUGGUGGUAGGCCACAUCAAUGGCAACAUGGAGGCCAAAGGAGAGAAGAUGCAGAAGUACAGAGACUUGGCAAGGGCAUUAUUGAAGGAUCUGACUGAGUACGUGAUGGAGCAAAUCCCUAGGGGGGAAAACACUGAUGCUGACUUGCUAUCAAAAUUGACGCAAGCAGCCCCGGAGCAUGUGUCUAAGCUGGCCAGGAUUGAGACGCUGGAGAAAGCCAGCAUUGAAGGGUUUUCUGUUAGCAUGAUAGAGGAAGAUGGACAGCCCAAUCCAGAUCGAGUGGAGCCAGAUGAUAUUUGGAUAGAUGACUUGGUCAGGUACUAUAUGACCGGGCAGUUCCCUGAGGAUGAGGAUAUGGUAAGAAAAGUAAAGUUGAGGGCUCCAAGAUUCCAAAUGCUUGAUGGAAGGCUAUACAAAAGAGCAUUUGGUGGUCCAUUGCUCAGGUGCUUGACCAGGGCAGAGCCGGAAAUUGUGAUCGCCGAAGUUCAUGAGGGUGUCUGCGCAGCCCACCAAAUGUCCAGGACACUCGCACAAAGGAUCAUCUUGCUAGGUUAUUUCUGGCCUACAAUGAACCAAGAUUGUGAGAAGUAUGUGCAAAGGUGCAAGACUUGCCAGGUGUUCUACAAGUUUCCGGGAAGGCCUGCGACAUACUACCACCCAAUUUCUAAUGUUAUUCCAUUCGCAAGUGCAACCAGGCUGUUGGAAGUUGAUCAGAACAAAUUCAACCUAGACGUUUAUUACAUUUCCAACUGGAAGAUAACCGGAUCAGGAGACAAGCCAGGAGCAAAGUGACCUGGACAUUUUCAAGUCUGGAGACCAGGACAUGAGAUGACCUGGAAGUUUCUAAGCCGUGCAUUUAAAAUGCCCUUCAAGAUUUUAACCUAGCCUAAUAAACUAGGACAUAAGAU